AUGAGCAUGGACCGCCCUUCCUACAUCUACGUCGCCAACCUCGGCGAGUGCGACGGCCGCGCCUUGCGCCAGAUCGCGAUCACAUCCAGCACGCAGUUCUUCACAUCCGCCAAGGUCAUUGCGACGCCGAUCGUGUUUCAUGUGACGACGACGCCCGAGCUGCUCCUGCAGACGGCGCUCGACUACCUACGCGCGGCCGGCACGACGCUCUUUGGCAGCGACGGCAACAUGUACUACGCGUCGACGACGACCGACGCGCAUGUCCGCGCCAUGAUCCUCGCCAUGGACAAGAGCUUCAGUCGCAUGCCCCUCCAUCGUACGGGCCCUGCCCUGUCGACGCUCACGGUGCGCCACGGCGCCGAAACGUACUGCGUGCCACUGCCACGGUCGUACGCCGCCUGUCUCGCCGAGCUGCCGUGUGCGCCGACCAAGCUUGGCUACGUGCACGAUGGCGUGCUCUGCACGCUCUUCUCGGAAGGCUCGUACGAAGCGUUCCUCCAGCGCAACAUUGACGAGGUCACCAUGGAGUAG